AGAAGAGUUUUGACUUUGAGCGGGAGUCAAAUAACAUAUUCCUUCAGCACAAGGAAGGAAACAGCCACACGGGCUGCUGGACUUGAUGACGAAAGUCAUCAAUAAAUUUGGUUCAUGCGAGAAUUAACUGAUCAAAAGCCCAUCAGACAACACACACCAUUCUCAAAGUGUAUUACACAUUCGGCCAACAAAAUUCAUUGAUCGCACGGUGUCACCGAAAUUAUUCCAAAAACAAAAACCAAAAUCAAAACCAAAUUUAGUUAAAGCAAAGAAAUGUGGAGUUCGGGUUCUACUUCGUCGGACCUCGCCAAGGGGAAAGAGUUCGUUAAAAAUUUGUUGUACGUACAGCACGUCGACAAGGAAAAGGACACGACCAGUGAAAUACCCGAGCUAUUUCUCCUCGAUUACAUUUUACAAGACAAGAGUGAUGGCGGCAGUAGUUCCCUGUACAGCAGACGAGAUUGUCAUUUGAAUGUCACGUCAAAUUCAGCAAGCCAACCCAAUUCAAAUUUGGAUAUUUUGAAAUCAGCUCUGAAAAAUCGUUUGCUGGAAGUGUCCGUCUACUCGAAUCCGCUGCCCAUCCGCACCCCGUUGGAGAGGUACAGCGUCAGAAAUGCGUUAAACAUACCUAGCCUUCCAUCGCUAUCCGAUGUCGCUAUUCACGCGUUUGUUGUCUUCAAAACGAUGGAUACUACAGAUGGUAGUAAUAAAAUCAUCAAUUGGUGGUCAAUUGAAAAAAAUGGCAGGUACAUCAUCUUGCAACAGUCGCUAUACUUUAAAGAAGUGAGCGAGAGCGUUUACGACGUUGAAAGGAGAAAAACUGUAAGAAGACUUGGGCCGGUGAAGGAACUGACUAAGGCUUAUGUUAACAACAGAUGGCUCAAAGGAUUGUUUGCAUCUAUUUGGGACACCGAUCAGCUCAACCAACCAUACCAUCUCUUCACCUCCAACUGCCAAAUCUUUGCAUCUUUCAUCUUUGAAAAUACCAACGACGAAGGGAAAAAGUGGUCGACGUUGAUAAGCGGAAUCGUGGACAGUUUCGGCCGUAAGAAAGAAACAAUUCGACCAGUAAUCGAUGCAAACACAAUCAAAUACCACCGGGUAGUGCAGGAUAGCAAGUACCCUAUCUACAAGGCACUCAUCGAGAAAGAAGAUUUGCCUGAAUUGAAAGAUCUUUUGGCCAAUUACGGGACGGAAUCCAUCAACGAAAGAGACUCUCAAGGCUACACUCUGCUCGAAUGGGCCCAAGCGUUUACAAGACGAGAUGUCAAAAUGCAUUUGUUAGAGAAAGGCGCCGUUGAGUCGGAGCUGUUCCAUCGCAAUGUAUUUUUUAUAGCUCUGCAAUAUUGGAAUUACAAGAAAAAGGACAACAACAACCUGAAAGAAUGUGUGGAGCUUGACUACACCGACGUGAAUCAAACUGGUGACACGGCUGUACACUUGGCCCUGCAUGGCGCAAAAUGGCCAAUCGUUAAGAGAAUUCUGAGUGAAAAUUACGCCAAUUCAGUCAAUUCCUUGGGUGAAAUACCACUUCACAUAGCUGCCAAAUCAAAAGGUAAAAUUGGUUUAUUCAAAAAGAUUUUAAAUCAAACCAAGUCCGAAAGUGUCGACAAAGUCGACAAAGACGGAUUUACUCCACUACAUUGGGCAAUUUUCGUCAACCCGUUGCGUAGCGACAAAAUCAAAUUGUUGUUAGAUAAAGGAGCAAACAUAAACGCACAGGACACUAGUGGUGGCAAUACCCCCCUUCAUUUUGCAUUGAUGUUACAGUCGAUUACUGUGACCGAAAUCCUGUUGAAAUACAUUUCAAAGAAUGUGGGUGACAAUAAAUUCUUGGACGUUAAUAUCCAGAAUAACGAUGAGCAAACAGCGCUUCACUGGGCUGCUGCAUGGCCAGAUAUUCCAGUUGAUUUGUUCAAACUUAUUUUAGGGAAAUCCACAGACAUCAACGCACAAGACAACAAUAAAGACACUCCUCUCCACGCAGCAUUAAUGGGAAAAUCAAAAACUGCAACAAAACAACUACUGAAACUCCAAGCGGUGGACGUCAAUAAAACGAAUAUUGACAAAAAGACAGCAACUCAUCUUGCUGCUUUAUGGUCAGAUAUACCAGAAAAGCUCUUCAAAUUAAUUUUAGAAAAAUCGGCCGAUAUAAACGCAUCAUCAGAUUGUGUUGCCAGCUAUUGCCGAAAUUGCCACCGAACACCUUUACACAUGGCGUUAGGAAGCAAAUCGGCAGUGGCAACGAGGGAACUUCUCAAGCACGUGAAGCUAUUAGAUGGCAAAUAUGUGGAGGAUGUGGAUGUUAACGCCAAGGAUGGUCACGAACAGACUGCACUAUAUUGGGCUGCAAUGUGGGCGCAGAUUCCAAUAGAAUUGUUCACAAUAAUUCUGAAUAAGUCCAUCGAUAUAAACGCAAAGAGCAAGUGUGAAAACACCCCUCUGAGUAUAGCACUAUGGAGUAAAUCUGAAACAGCGACAAGACAACUGCUGAAGCACAUCAAAUGGGUCGAUGGCAAGUAUUUAGAAGAUGUGGACGUUGAUAUCAAGUUAGGCGAAGGGGAUAUCGCACUACAUCUCGCUGCUCAAUGGACGGAUAUUCCAGGCGAUCUAUUCAAAUGGAUACUACAAAAAUCCACUAAUGUCAACGCUCAAAACAAACACGGAAAUACUCCUCUGCAUUUCGCGUUGUGGUACAAAUCGAAAACCGCAACCGAGGAACUACUGAAAUGCGAUAACCUGGAUGCUAACGCGAAGGGUUUUUUUAACAAUGCGACAGCACUACAUUUGGCUACUUCAUGGCCAGAUAUUCCCCGACAUUGUUUCCGCACAAUCUUGGAAAAAACCGCCGACAUCAAUGCAACAAAUAUUCACGGAGAAUCUCCUCUUUUAUUAGCGUUAGUGAACCAAUCAGUAAUUGCAUCUGAAGAACUUCUGGGUCGUCUUUUAUUGGAAGGACAAGUUUCUGGCAUAAGCGCAGAAAUUAACCUAAUCGGCGCUACAAGAAACGAAUAUGAUGCUACUGCUCUUCAUUACGCUGUGCGGUGGCCAGAUAUCCCAGAAGAUAUUUUCAAGAAAGUUCUACAUCAGUCGAUUGACAUCAACGCAAAAACCAAAUGUGGGGAUACUCCUCUUCACUCUGCGCUGUUUUACAAAUCGAAAACUGCAACGGAACAGCUACUGAAACAUGUCAAAUGUGUAGACGGCAGAGAAAUGGAAGAUGUCGAUGUCAACAUCAAAUGGUUGAAAGGUAACGCAGCCCUUCAUUUGGCCGUUCGAUGGUCAGAUAUUCCACUCGAUUUGCUCAAGGGAAUUCUUGAAAAAACAACAGAUGUCAACGCUCCAAACGAUGACGGAGAAACACCAUUAAAUUUAGCUGAUGAAUGCAAGUUGAAUAAAGAAGCAUUUAAAUUGCUUCAGCAUCGCGUUGAUUCUACUGUGUAACAAAGAAUCAGAAUACACUGAGAUAUCGAACUGCAAAAGUGCUCCGUAAUUUAAUUUGAGUAUUUG